AUGAGUGGACAAGCGGAAACCACAUUACCGACAACGCCUCCAUACCCUUCAGCAGCAAAAACGGCGGUCAUCAUGAUCUCCUUAUAUAUUUCUAUCUUCCUCGUCGCGCUUGACCGUACUAUCAUGGGGCCCGCGAUUCCGGCCAUCACGAAUCAGUUCAACAGCAUGUCCGACAUUGGCUGGUACGGCAGUGCGUAUAUGCUUACAUCAUCUGGCUUCAUCCUUCUCUAUGGAAGAGUAUACACCUUUUUCCCCACGAAACCCGUGUUCUUAUCUGGAAUCUUGCUCUUCGAGAUCGGGAGCGCCAUCUGCGGUGCUGCGCAGACGAGCAUGGUGUUGAUCAUUGGACGAGCGGUUGCUGGGCUGGGUAGUAGUGGAAUUUUCACCGGCGCAAUCCUGAUCAUGCUGAACACAGUGCCGUUGCACCGACGACCGAUGCUGCAGGGUUUAUUCGGAGCGUGUUUCGGGGUAGCGAGCGUAGCUGGCCCAUUGCUGGGUGGUGCAUUCACGGGAAGUAAACUGACGUGGCGUUGGUGCUUCUACAUCAACCUCCCAUUGGGAGGAAUCACGAUCCUGGUCGUCAUGUUGCUUCUGAAGCUAGAAGAGGAGAAGCCAAAGUUGAACAACUGGAAAGACACCGUCAGGCAUCUGGAUCCGCUCGGUACAGUCCUGUUUCUCCCUGCGAUAACCUGCCUUCUGCUCGCGCUAGAAUGGGGAGCGGCAGAAUAUUCCUGGAACUCGCCACGGCUGAUUGCACUACUCGUCGUGUUUGCAGUGCUUUUUAUGGGGUUCGGCGUAUGGCAGUACUUGACAAGAAACACUACCGCGACGGUCCCAGCGAGGAUUCUCCUUCAGCGCAGUGUGGCGUUUGGCGGUGCCUCUCAGUUCUGUGUAGGAGCAACCAUGCUCACAAUCUCAAUUUACAUCCCUCUCUGGUUUCAGGCGAUUAAAGGGACUACGGCGAUGCAGUCUGGCAUCAACACUAUCCCGCUCGUACUGUCCGUCGUCGUGGGCUCAAUUCUAUCAGGAGGACUAGUGCAGCGCAUUGGAUAUUACACUCCCUUCAUGAUUCUAGGUUCUAGUUUGAUGGCCACUGGUACUGGCCUAAUCACAACCUGGAACAUGAAUACCAGCAGCUUUGGCGUUGGCUGCACGAUGCAGCAUCCGAAUCUGGCAGUCCAGGUCAUUCUACAGAGACAGGAUGUUCCCAUCGGCACAGCGAUCCUAUCACUUUGCCAGACACUAGGCGGUGCAGUGUUUGCAGCGGUCGGACAAAACCUGUACAUUGAUAAAUUCUCUGACAGUCUCCAACGCAUCAAGGGUCUCGACUCUCAUGGUAUCUUAGACGCAGGUGCAACGGAGCUGACAAAAUCGGUCCCACCAGCGCUACGGCUACAGGUUCUCGAGGCAUACAAUAACUCCCUCACAAAGGGCACGUUUUUCGCUGCACUCAUUGUGGCUUGCUUUGCCGUCCCUGCUGCUCUGGGCAUGGAAUGGCGAAGCGUCAAGGAGAAGCAACAACCGUCCGCUACGCAAGAUGAGGAGAAAAUAGAGUCAAUCGCCCAGCAACGUCUCAAUGAUGUUGCCCUCACGAGAACGACCACCCAACCCAGCAUGACCCAAGAAAGUGAACCAUCGCUGCUUGCCCCACCUCCUGCAGUCUGGAGGAGAAUGUACCGGUCUAGUGGUCAAUUCUCGGAAUGGAUGACAGCGAAAGUGAACCCUGACCUUCGUGGCAAUCUGCCGAGAGCUAGAAGAUGA